AUGGGCUCUACAGAAGUCUGCGGUCCGGUUCUCACGCAGCUGCUCGAUGAGCAGGCAUUCGAAAUCCCCGAUCAGAUAUAUUGCAUUCACCCGGUGUCACAAGAUUCGGAUCAAGGAUGGCAUCGGAUUACCGUAAAGCAGAUGAGUGAGGCGGUUGACCGCUUGUCGUGGUGGAUCGACAGCAAGCUCCCUGCAGGAAAGCCGCAGGUGCUAGCAUACAUCGGCACGAAUGAUUUGCGUUAUGCUGCGUUCAUUCUAGCCUGUAUGAAGACUGGAAAUUCGGCCCUACUCCUUUCCACCCGAAACUCCUUGGCUGCCAACCAGCAUUUAGUGCGCAGUGUCAACUGUCCAGUAUUGGUUGACGGUACCGAAAGACAGACACUGCGAACCCUAGUCAACGAGCUGGACGCCUCCUGUCCAGAAACGGAGAGAUGGCACAUCAGUCCCAUCUGGGACAUCUUCUCAUCAGAGUCAGUGAAGCCGUACAUCCACGGAGAGAGCUAUGAUGUGCUGGAAGACCGAACAGCAGUGGUCAUCCACAGCUCAGGCACGACUGGCCUCCCGAAGCCAGUUCGCAUCACGUAUGGAUACUUGGCAACGUUGUUUUACAUGCAGACUCUGCCGGUGCCAGAAGGUCGUGAGACCACACAGCUGUUCAUUCGGAUGAAGGGACAUCUUCGGAUCAUGAGCGGACCCUUGUUCCAUUUCAUUGGUCUGGUAUGUAUCGCAGAGUGCAUCUUCUACCGCACUUCAUUCCUGCUCGCGCCAGACCGGCCCUUGACCGCAGAUCUGUUCUCGCAUAUCAUGUCAUUGGACACACCACCGAAAUGGGGACUAAUUUCACCUUUUGUUUUGGAAGAGCUCUCCACCUCCGAGAAAGGGAGGCUUGCGCUAUCGAAGCUGUCGGCUAUGAACUUUGGAGGCUCGCCGCUGUCAAAAACUGCCGGGGAUGUCAUCAUGGACCUAGUCCCGCUGCAGGCUCUAUAUGGCAGUAGCGAGAGUGCUUACACGGCGACCCUGAUGUGUGAAGACCCUGCAGACUGGAACUAUCUCGAGUGGAACCCGAAUACCGCCACACGAAUGGAUGAUGUGGGCGAUGGGCUGUGCGAAUUAGUUAUCCCACGAGCGGAGUCCCGCCGAUGUCAAGGAAUCUUCCACACCGAUCCUCAUCUGAUGGAGCAUCGAACAGGAGACUUGUUUCGCGAACAUCCUUCCAAGCCUGGGCUGUGGAAGUACCAGGGUCGCGGCGACGACAUAAUCGUUCUCAGCAAUGGAGAGAAAUUCAAUCCUACCGAUGCCGAGAAGGUGAUCGAGACACACCCCCUGGUCAAACAUGCAGCCAUUCUCGGCCAGAACAGAUUCCAAGCAUCGCUGCUCGUUCAACCUAAAUGGGACAGCUUACCUGAGCACUGGGAUGCUGCAUGGCUUCAUCGGAAUCUUCAGUCGAUCAUAGACGAAGCCAAUGUCAGUUUGCCAGGGCACGGAAAGCUAUUCUAUAGCCAUGUCGCUUUUGCAUCCAGAGAAAAGCCAUUCGCGCUAUCACCCAAAGGCACCCUGCGUCGUCGGGAGAUCGUGAAGGCGUAUCAGCCUGUGAUUGAUGCGUUGUAUUCCUUCCAGUCUGGGAGGCCACAGACUGUGACUCAACUUCCAGAGCUCCAAGGAUCCUGUCUGAAAGAGACAGAGACAUGGAUCCAAGCCGUCGUAUCCCACAUUCUUUCCAUAAGAAGCAUCAAUCUUGAAGACGGGAUUGUCGCCUUGGGAAUGGAUUCUCUGCAAUUGGUACGACUGGUACAAGUUCUUCAAGACACCACCGAUGGAAUGAAUUCACUGGCACAUCCUCGACGCUGGACGAGUGCCUUCUUGUACGAGUGUGAGACAUCGCAGAGGAUUGCAAAAUCCUUCCAUCACCAAGUUAAUGGAGACAUCCCUAAGGUUGACGAGGAACAUUCUUUGUCGCGAGGCGAUACAAUAAUGAAAUAUGCAUGGGAUCAAGCACGCCAUCUCAACGGCGGAGGAGUCCAAGUCAUUUUAACCGGGUCGACCGGCGAGCUUGGAAGCUUCCUAUUGAAUCAGCUCCUCCAGGACCUUACAAUUGCCAAAGUCAUCUGUCUCAAUCGCUCUCCAAAUGCUGCCGAGCGACAACUCCAAACAUUCCAACAGAAGAAACUAUCCAGUUUCUGGCUUACCGACACAUCCCGCAUUGAGUUCCGACAAUGCCAGCUCCACGAGCCGUAUUUCGGACUCGACACGGAGAUAUAUGACACACUAAAACGGGACGUGUCAAUCAUCAUCCACAACGCAUGGGCAGUGAAUUUCAAUCAGAGUCUUCCAAGCUUUGCGUCGCAUCUGACUGGAGUGCGAAGACUAUUGACCUUUGUAGAAAGUUCGGCGCGCAAGCCCGAUUUCCAUUUCGUGUCUUCCAUUUCGACGGUUGCAGGAAGUACGGAAGACAUUGUUCGUGAGGAAGCACAUGAUAUCUCGUGUGUUCUUCCGCAAGGGUAUGCAGAGUCCAAGCAUAUUGCAGAGCGGCUUUGCGAGUUCUCUAGCAAACAGAGCGGAUCACGGAUCGCCAUCCAUCGUGUUGGACAGCUGGGCGGUCCCUCGAAUCUCUCUGGUGGCAUGUGGAAUACGCGCGACUGGUUCUCAUCUCUGGUCAGGUCUUCGUUGACUAUGCGACGGGUGCCAGAUAGUCUUGGACCGAUGCAGGUGGAUUGGGUCCCUAUUGAUACCGCCGCCCAGAUUAUUUCAGAGAUAGUCGAAACUCGAAGAGCACACCAGGACUCACUGAUGGUGUACCACAUCAUCAAUCCGAAUGCCGUUGGAUGGAACGCAUUUUCUCCAUUGAUCGCCAAAGCCUGCGCUGCCGAGAUUGUGUCACUGAGUGAUUGGAUUGAGAGUGUGAAAGAGCGGGCAUUUGGAUCUGCAUCAAGUGGAACAGAUCUACAUGAUCUACCAGCCGCGCAGCUUUUGGACUUCUUUAACUUCUUGCUUCACAGACAGGGACAAUUGCAGCCUUGUAUUUUGACGAGCAAUGCGAGAGAAGAUUCGUCGACACUGAAUGCUCUGGGGGGAUUGGAUGCGAGCACUAUGAAGACCUGGUUGGAACAGUGGAAAGAGUGGAUGCCGGAGUUAGAUGUUGCGAUAUAA